GCCACGGCCGGUGCCCGCCUCCGCUGCGGGGACGCCGCGCUUGGGAAGCUGCCCGGAGCGCGGGGGUGCAGCGCAGCUCGGCCGAGUACAUGCGGACACUUCACUUGCAGCCAUGCCUGUCCCGGGAGCUUUCUGGCUGUUGUAAUUUUCUCCCUUUGAUCUCCCUGGAUCCUCUUUCGGGCUGUGGAGCUCCGCUUGCACCUACCUGCCUGCUGCGUGUGUGCGAGAGAGAGAGUUUGCUUCUUUUUUUUAAUACUUUUUUUUCGGUUACAAAUUCCAAUUUUUAUUUUUUUUAAUUUUUUUUUAAGACCGAGCCCAAACAUCCUCAGAGCCACAUGGUUUUGUUAAGCUACUGGAAGUAACUUUUGCCUGGGAUUUACAGCAGCAUUCCCUCCCGGCCCGGCCCCUGCGGACUCCAGCAGGCUCGCUGCCUAACAGUUAUGAAGACUCCUCGAUGCGUUUCAUGUGACCUUUGGGCAGACCGUGGAGCUUUCUAUUUUAUUUUGUGGGGCCUUGAGUCGGGAUCCUCGUAAGGCGUGCUUGGAAGUGGUCAUACCGGAACUCGGGCGCGCACAGAAAUAGUGCCAGAGAAACCAGAUACGCCGUAACUUUCUGCCUGAUACCUGUUGGGCUUCGUGUCUAAACUUCGGCAGUGUUUGGGGGCCUUUUUAUUUCUUGGGAACUUCCAGCCGUGAAGAGGAGCUCUGUGUUUUAUUAAUUACCUUCGAGAACUCUACCCGGAGUCAGACUGUGAGCAUGAGCUUCUAAGGGAAAAGUAAAGCUCGUCUCCAAACUUGAAUGAAGCGCUUCUGGCAUGUGGGAGAUGGAAGGGAUCGACUGCAUUUGGAAGGGAACGGUACCGGAGCGAGCCUUCUCGUCACCAUAAAUUCAAGGAAUGCCGCCUGCCUAAUUUCUGGGAAGGAUACCAAUCGCUGCGCAUAACAUUCAGGGUUGUGCUUAUGCUGUGGGAAUGCUGGCAAGAAGGUGAGGUGUCUCUCGAGGGUAUUUGGGAUGGAUAUUUUGGACCUGUGGAUCUUCCUAACUCUUGGCCAGGAGACAGGAGGCCUCCACAUCCGCGGGGAGACCUCCGUGUGCCUCAUCUCCGUGGGACCGAGGAGUUCCUAAUGCUCCCUGUGCACCCAAACUGACUCCUCGCUUACAACCUGUUUCCUUGAUCCUUCUGGAUUUAUCUGCCGGAGGAGAGACUCACAAUUUAGGAUACUGGGCUGGUUUUGUUUUUUUUUUUAGUUUGUUUGUUUAAAAUAUGCCUGUGAGCUCGCGGCGGCCUCUGAGCACGUGGCACGGGGCGAGCGGAGCGCGGAUGGCGAGAGCCGGGGAGCCGCGGUGAGCGAGCCCCGCUGUGAGCGGAGCGCCGGGAGCGCCGGGCCCGCCGCGCUGAGGACGCGUUCCCGAGCGGUAUGAGCGGCCCGAGCCCGCUGCUGGUAGCAUGAGUGCUGGCCCCCAGGUGCAGCUGGCUGUCCUCUGGCCUUGGCUGCUCAUGGCGACCCUGCAGGCAGGACUGGGCCACACCGGGCUGGCGCUGGCGGCGGCCGUGGAGUCGGAGCGGGCGGCGGCGCAGAAAGCCAUCAUCAGGGUCAUCCCGCUCAAGGUGGAGCCCAUCAUCCUGGAAGGGGAGUUCGCCAACGUCGCCGAGGUGACUCCGGCCGAAGGGAAACUGCUCCAGUCCCACCCACUGUCCCUGUGCAACACCAGCGAGGAUGAACACACGGAAUCGGGAUUCAUCACCAUCGUCAAGCUGGAACAGCCAGAUCGGGAUCCCAACCCCUGCCUGUCCCUGGCCAACAAGGCAAAGCUGGCAGGGGAGCGUGGAGCCCGUGCGAUCCUUUUCGACAUCACCGAUGAUGAAAGUGCUGCUGAUCAGCUGAGGAAGCCCAGAGGCCUGAGCCAGCCCGUGGUCCUGAUCAGGGGCCACGAUGCUGAGCUCCUCAUGGGCGUCGUGAACAAGAACAGAGAGGCCCACGUGAAGAUAGAGGUCAAGGAGCCACCAGCUUGGCCAGACUACGACGUGUGGAUUCUUCUCACAGUGGUCAGCACUGUGGUCGUCAUCAUUUUGAUUUUUGUUGUCCGCACAAAGUGCCAACUGAACAGGACUCAGGACUCGGUGCAGCAGCAGACCCUGCAGGCCAUCGGGCAAUUGGCCACGCGCCGCUACCAGCCCCGGGCGCGGCCGGCCCCGCGCUGGGACUCGGCCAGCAGCUGCAGCUCUGCCCCGGUCUGUGCCAUCUGCCUCGAGGAGUUCAGCGAGGGGCAGGAACUGCGGAUCAUCUCGUGCUCUCACGAGUUCCAUCGGGAAUGUGUUGACCCUUGGCUGCAGCAACAUCACACGUGUCCACUUUGCAUGUUCAAUAUUCUUGCCAGAGACUCGGGGGACCAGGCCAUGGCUGCCAGCUCCAGGCUGGUCCCUCAGGACAUGGAGCCUGGGCGACGACUCCACCUUUUCCGCCAGCAUCCAGGACAUGCCCUUUACCACCUCCCACACGCGUAUCCUCAGAGGAACCUCAGGAGCUUGCCCCCAGAGCCAGCCCACAGCAACCCCUUCUUCCACUCUCCAGAGCUCUCCCAGCUGGAUUUUGGCACCAUCCACUACAUGCCCUACAGACCGGCCACCUCCCUGCUGGCCUGUGGCCAUGUGGCCUCGCUGGCCCCAGGCUCGCUGGGGCAGCAGCUCCCCAACCCCUGUGCAUGCGGGCAGGCGCUGGCACCCCACAGGACGUGUCCCGUGCAGCCUCAGCCCCCCUGCAUGCCCAAGGCAGCCCUGGCACAGAAGCAGCACCGCGCGCCCGCCCUGCGCCGGGGGCUUGGCCACGGGCAGCAGCACAACAGCAGCGGCUCUGGGGAGAGCUAUCUCACGGAGCACAGCGGCUACCUGGCCGACGGGCCGGGCAGCGACUCCAGCUCAGGGCCCUGCCACGGCUCCUCCAGUGACUCCAUGUUGAACUGCACGGACGUCAGCCUGCAGGGUAUCCACGGCAGCUGCUCCACCUUCCGCAGCUCCCUCAGCAGCGACUACGAUCCGUUCGUGUACUGCAGCUCUGAGGGCCCCGCCACCGACCGCGGCCAGGAGCAGCUGCGGCCACCCAGGGAGAGCCGGCCCCGGUCCUUGGACCUCAUGGUGCCCAGGGGGGCUGCUCCAGCCAAGCCCCAGGUGCUCAGCCACAUCCACUACCACCACCACCAGCACCACCACUACAGGCGGGACCCCGAGUGUCCCCCUGGGCGAGCCGGCCAGGGGCCGGGGCCACGCAGAUCCCGCUACUCCGGGGCCAAGGUUGCUUUCCACAGUGGUCGUACACAAAAGAGGACUGAGAAAAGCCAUCACUCUCAGCAGCCUCUGGAAAGCGGUGCCGUGCUGCAGGAGGCAGCUCCAGCAGGACAGCCAGCCCGUCCCCAGGAAGGCUGGGACCCCCCUCACGCCCCCUCCACUUCUCCAAACAGGUUGGACCUCAGUGUAGAUGCCAACAGACAAUUGGGAGCAGCUGGCACACCCCCUGUCCCGCUGGCCCCCAGACACAGCUUACAGAGCAGGCAUCACCGAAGGAAAAGAAAGUGUCCCCUGGUGCCCGACCCUGCUCUCCUGCCCAAGGACUCAGCCAAGCCCAGAGCCUGUGACACUCACCUUCCUCCCGGCCAUCCCUACCGCUGCUGUCCCGAAGCCCAGCCCCUGAUCCCAAGCGCUCCCAUGCCCGGCGGCUCCCGGCCGCUCUGGAAGUGUUUGGUGCCACAGCCCAGCUCCGAGCUGAGGAAGCAGGAGGAGGGGUUGUCAGGACAGGAGAAAAAUCGCUCAGUUCCUGCAGAUUUCUCAGGGAUGGGCACCUCCAGACACGGUCUGAGUGUCCACCUUCACUGCCCAUCUCACAAGGGUGGUCAGGGAGCACUGACUGCAGGAGCAUUCCAGAGCUCACCUGUGAGGAUGAUGGCCUGAAUGAUGAGCAAGUAUGUUAAAGAGUUCACCAAACCCUGAAAUGCUGCAGCUGAGAAAUAAGGUGGCUAAUUCUAAUUAAACAGCUGGAAUAUCUCCCAAAGGAAGGCAUGGGAGCGCAUUUUUCAGUGUCCUUGCACCAGUCUGGGGUGUCUUACUGGCAGAGUCGUUACCACUAAGGCUUUCUGGGCUCCAGUUGUUUUAGCCAAGCCCAGGUAACUGGAAUCAGUGAGAAAGGAAGUGUGUGUGGCCCGGGGUAGUAGAACAGACUAAUUGAGUUGCUGGAUUUGCACAUCCCUCAUUUCUCACCUGCCUCUGUUGCGUGGGAGUUGCUUUUUUAGUGUCUUUUGGAAAUCAGAUGUAAUUAAAGUUUGGCCCUCAGCCUAACUGCUGCACGUCUCUCACAAAGAGAGGGAAAAUGCCUUUGAGACAAGUGUCUUUGAAGGAACCUGAGUUUAGCUCCCAGGUCUUGCUCUCUCAGGUCCUCUGAAGGCAGCAACCUCUGAGUCAGCAGGGGCAGGCACUGGCUGGGAGCAGAGCCUGGCUCCCUUCCUCUCCCUGCCACUGACUCAUUGCAGGUCCUCGGGCAAAUCCUUUUGAUUUAGGUACCAAACACAGAUCUGGCUGUCUAAUUUCUGUUAAAACACUGGCCUUAAACUCAUGACUCACUGUGCCCAUUGUGCUGCAGAGAUAAUAACUUCCUCCCCGUGCUUGUCUAUCCAGCCCCACCCCACGCCCAGGCUCCUGGUGCUGAGGAGGCAGUGGGGCAGGGGAGGCUGGAUGGGCACGGGCCUGGCUCCCUGCAGCCUUUGGCCUCCCAGACUCCCAGGAACAGAUAUUUUUCCCAGGUGUAGGAGUGCCUGACACUGCAGAUAGGUGAUAGGGAGGUUCUUGCAAGGCCUGGAGGGAUGCUGGUGUUUGGAGAGAUAAGGAGGCAUCAGGGCAAAGAUGUCUCUGGUUGCAGGGAGCUCUGAGUGCCAGUGCCCUCCCAGGGUACCCCACAUGGAGAGAGCCCUCCUGGCUCAGGGCAGGCUGCUCAGGGCUUGCUUUGAGCUCCCAAAUGAACCUGGGAGGGCUCCAAGAGCAGGAGUCUCUGCACCUAACACGGGGUGCUGGGCAUUGCAAGGUCCAUGCUGGGAUGCUUCUGUCUCUUUGGAAAUGGUCCCAGUGGCCCCAGUGUGUGCCCACCUCCUGAUGACCCUCUGACCCCACCCAGAGCCAGUGCCAGCUGCUUUGCCAAGCACACCAAGCCUUCAUUCCCUCUUCCCAUUCCAGCAGAUAAAAGGACCAACAAUCUGCAAGUGCUGUGAA